AUGACGUCUUCAGCAUCAACUAAACCCUUCCACUCACACGCAACUUUUGCGGACUUUCUCGCUUCUGACCCCGAACUCCUCGUCUUUCGACGCUUCGAUCUACUAAAUGCGCGUGCGCUUCUCUACCUACAAUCCGAGCUCAUGACACUAGAGGUUCAACUCCUCGAGCUAGACAAGGAAGACAUGAAUGAUGGAUCCAUGGACGUCAUGCUCGCCGCAAGGUGUUUCGAGGUGUUAACAUCACGUGCCGCGCAGGAUUUUCCACGAGAGGCGGAGAGAAUUGAGUUGAUACGAAGAAUCCAAGAUGUCUCAUAUCGGUAUAAUAAGAUGCUCGUUGUGCAAAGCCAGGUUCAGCAAAUCGCAGCACCGAAAACACGCGUUUGGAACGUGUUUACCAACUGGUUUCGUCAAGCGAAGCCCUUUGUUGGACAUAGUCGGCAUCUGUUGCGGAAGAAGACCAAGGAAGAUUUCGUAGCUAUCGGAGCUGUCGGGGAUCACGAUGUCUUGACUAGGGUAGUGGAAUAUUUGACAGGACGUAUUGUUGCCUGGAAACGUAGUAGCUCGAAUUCUCAGGAGGCGCCGAUGUAUUAUAAGCAUCAGACAGUCGCAAGGAUCAUCACACUCAUCAGUAUCAUCGGCGCAACACUGCUUCUGGAAGCUGCCAUCGUUGGACUGUACGUGGUCACCAAUGAUCAUGUACGAUUUGUACUAAUCGCCGUCUUCAUCGCGCUGUUUGCUGUGGCAUUAUCGCUGUUUAGUAAUGCCCGACGAGCGGAGAUGUUUGGGGCAACAGCUGCGUAUGCUGCUGUUCUUGUAGUCUUUGUUUCAGGGAACCUGAGUAGCGGGGGUACGAAGAGUUGA